AUGGCAGACCGAGACAUUCUUCCCUCUACCGUCGUCCCCUCCCAUUAUGAUCUCUCUAUAUCCUCCUUGAAGUUCGACGACUGGUCUUUCCAAGGAGCAGUGGAUAUUCAAGUCUCGAUCACGGAACCUGUCAAGGAAAUAGUCAUCAACUCUAUUGAGCUCAAGCUACACACUGCCAAAAUCACAGUCGACCACACCAAGUCCUCUCAGUCCCUUGAGACUACUACUUUCAACUAUGACGAAAAGAAGCAGCGUGCAACCCUCGUCUUUGCUGAAGAGGUUCCUGCCUCUCAAAAGGCUACUCUCCAUAUCACGUUCCAGGGAAUCCUGAAUAACGAUAUGGCGGGCUUCUAUCGGAGCAAGUACCAGCCUACAGUUCCCGCUGCGGCCUCAGUACCUAGAGACGAUACCUUUCAUUACAUGCUAAGCACACAAUUCGAGGCCUGCGAUGCCCGCCGGGCUUUCCCUUGCUUUGACGAGCCUCGGCUAAAGGCAACUUUCGACUUUCAAAUCGAAAUCCCCGAAGAUCAGGUUGCCUUGUCCAACAUGCCCGUUAAAAACACUUCGAAAGCCAAAGAUGGCCUCGUAGUGGUUUCCUUCGAACGGACUCCUGUCAUGAGCACAUAUCUUCUUGCCUGGGCCAUUGGCGAUUUCGAGUACGUCGAAGCACAUACCGAGCGACGAUACAAUGGAAAGCAAAUCCCCGUGCGUGUGUACACCACCCGGGGACUUAAGGAGCAAGGUCGAUUCGCUUUGGAACAUGCGCCUAAAACUAUUGACUUAUUCUCGGAGAGCUUUGGUAUCGAUUAUCCCCUACCAAAGUCUGACUUGCUUGCCGUCCACGAGUUUACGCACGGAGCGAUGGAGAACUGGGGUUUGGUUACUUACCGUACGACGGCCGUCCUUUUCGACGAGAAGACCUCGGACGCUAGAUUCAAGAAUCGUGUCGCAUACGUCGUCGCUCACGAACUAGCCCACCAAUGGUUCGGCAACUUGGUCACUAUGGACUGGUGGGACGAGCUUUGGUUGAACGAGUCAUUUGCUACUUGGGCGGGAUGGUACGCCGUCAACGAAUUCCACCCUGACUGGCAAGUCUGGGCUCAGUUUGUCAACGAGGGAAUGGAAUCAGCGUUCCAGCUUGAUGGAAUGCGCGCAUCUCACCCUGUUCACGUCCCAGUCAGAGAUGCUCUAGAUGUAAACCAGGUCUUUGAUUCCAUUAGCUACCUCAAAGGAUGUUCUACUUUACGAAUGUUGGUCAAUCAUCUUGGAGAGAAGACUUUCCUUCAAGGAGUCGGGGCGUAUCUAAAAAAGCAUGCUUACGGUAAUGCCAAAUCUGAAUACCUCUGGGAGGCGCUGGCUGAGGCCUCUGGAGCUGAUAUCACUGGUCUUAUGGGUAACUGGAUAGAGAAGAUUGGUCAUCCCGUAUUGACUGUUGCUGAGGAGCCUGGACAGAUCUCGAUUAAGCAGAACCGGUAUCUAUCAACAGGCGACGUGAAACCGGAAGAGGAUCAAACCAUAUGGUGGGUACCGCUCUCCUUGCAAGGUAAGGUAGGGCAGCAGGACAUUCAGAACUUGGCCCUCACUGAGAAGAGUACGACAAUCCGGGAUAUCGACGACAACUUCUAUAAGAUUAAUAGCAACGCCACCGGUUUCUACCGAACAAACUACCCUCCAGCUCGUCUUGCGAAGCUUAGUAAACAGCUUGAUCGCUUGAGUAACGAGGACAAGAUCUCCAUUAUUGGCUCUGCGGCUGACUUGGCCUUCUCCGGCUACGGUACCACACCUGCUCUUCUCUCUUUCGUCGAAGGUUUUAGUGGCGAGACGAAUCAGCUUGUCUGGGCUCAAGUUCUAGACUCCCUCGGGCUAGUUAAGACUAUUUUUGGCGACGAUGAGGCUAUCAAGCGCGGCCUUGAGCAGUUCACUCUAAAGCUUGUUAACAACGCAGUAGAGGAGAUUGGUUGGGAUUUUCCAGAAGGCGAAGACUAUCUCAGGAGUUUGCUGCGAAAGAGACUUUUGCUUAGCGCCGCAGCAAACGGCCAUCCACAAGUCGUCGAAAAGGCCAAAUCAUUAUUCGAGGCUUGGGCCGAUAAGGGAACCCCUCUACCCCACCCGAACUUGAGGACCGUAGUCUACCGUGCUGGUGUGAAGACCGACCCAGCAAAGGCAGUGAAGGCUCUCAAGAAAGAGUGGUUCACCGGGGCAUCUUUUGAUGGAAAAUUAGUCUGCCUUGCAUCACUAGGCCACGUCCGUGACCCCGACCUCAUUUCUAGCAGCGUCCUACCCUUCAACAGCGACCUAUCCCCACCAGCCCCUCCGUCCGAAUCAGUACCUUCAGGUGACAUGCAUACCAUUGGUAGCACCUUGGCGACCAACUCAGUUGCCCGUCCAAUCCAGUGGAAGUACAUCCAGGACAAUUGGGAGAAGUUAACGACCAAGAUGGCGAAUCCGGUCGUUCUUGACCGCUUCGUCAAGCUCACACUUUCGAAGUUCACUGAUGCCAGGUACAUCGACGAAAUUGAUACCUUUUUCAAAGACAAGGACACAAGCGCCUUUGACCGAACCUUGGAGCAGGUCAAGGACUCCAUCCGUGGCCGAGCCGCCUACCGCGAGAGAGAUGCUCAGGUCAUCAAGGAGUGGUUAAGCGCCAAUGGUUAUCUCCAGUAG